UAGAAGAAGAGGGCGGAGGCCAGCUGGAUAUGCAACGAGCAGAAGAAAUAACACGAAUAUUUGGAAAUAUUAUCCAGCCAUGAGAUUGUGAAUCCACCUGUGUUUGGGACUACAUGCAGCAAUAAUAAAGUAUCAUGUUGAGAUAGACUCUGAUACUACCUGAUAACAGUUUACAGACAUGCCGUGGUGCCUAAACACUAAGCGGAAAUAUCAUUUUUAACCAGCACACAGUGAAAGCAAUACUGUUUUUUCUAAAUUCAGAGAACAGUUUCUCCGGUAAACACAAGCUCAAAUUGAGCUAUCUUCACCCAGACCAUGGUAGAUAAUCGCUAUGCCACAGCUCUGGUCAUAGGCUCGGUGCUGAGCCUGCUGGCCACAGUGUAUCUCUCUGUGGCUGUGGGGACUCAGCACUGGUACCAGUACAGCUGCCCACCCUUUACACAUGAGGGGAGCAACUCCUCUGAGCUCAGAGAGGUGUUCAUCAAUGGAGAGUUUGACGAGAAAACCUACAGCCAGACCAUGUUCCGCCUGAACGGCACACUGGGACUGUGGUGGAGGUGCAUAAUGGUGCCCAGCCAGUCCUACUGGUUCAAAGAGCCAGAUCCGAAGAUGGAGACACAGUGUGUGAGCUUCACACUUCCUCAGCAGUUCAGUCCAAAGUACAAAAAUUCAGGAAACAACAACGGCGAAGAAGAUCUGCUGAGAACAUACUUGUGGAGGUGCCAGUUUCUCCUGCCCUUGGUGUCUCUGGCUCUGGUGUUUCUUGGUGGCCUUGUUGGGGUCUGCGCCUGCCUGUGCCGCAGCUUCACCCCCACCUUGGGGGUGGGAGUGCUCCAUCUACUCGCAGGUCUGUGCACUCUGGGCACCGUCUGCUGUUUCCUGGCGGGGGUAGAUUUGCUCAAAUAUUACUCCCCACCACCAGAUGGGGUGGAGGGCUCGCUGGGCUGGUCCCUCUACCUCGCCCUCAUCUCCUUCCCUCUGCAGAUGAUGGCAGCUGCUUUGUUCUUGUGGGCGGCCAGGAGUCAUCGCAAAAACUACACUCGUAUGACCGCUUACAGGGUAGCCUAAAGAGAGACUUCAGCAACAGCUUACCUUAAAACAGCCUACUUGUCUCAGCACUUUCUAAACAAAAAGCUGUGCACAGCUGUACUAAAACAAUAACAUGAUAUCACAAACCUAAGCAGGAAUACACUUUGCAGCUAAUCAUCAUAAGUGCUCAUAAAUAGGGUGUUAUACCUUUGUGUUGUUAUUUCACCUUUGUUUUCUUGCGUCUCUAACUUGUAUCUUAUCUAAAGCAUGUUCUUUAAUGUUUUUUUUAACACCCAGAAAUAGUGGAUUUUUUUCUGGUGUUAACUGUGUUGAUGUGCUGUACUUAAAUGCCUUUUUUUUAGUUGCCAUUGUUUCUGAAGCUGCUCACCACAUUGCCCUUAAAGGGAUAGUUCACCCAAAAAUGAAAAUUCAGUUAUUGUAUACUUACCCUCAUGGUGAUGAAAAGUCAGGUGAAGUUGUAUAGUCAACAAAACAAUGCUGGAGUUUCACAGAAAAAAAGAGGCGCACUCAUCUCCCAAACAAAUGAAGCAAAUUGUUACCAGAUUAAAACAUUAAAAAAAUACACAAUAAAACAGCAAAAUGUCUCCAUAGUGCUCAUCUAUAGUAAUCCAAGUGACCUGAAGCCCCAAUGUGCCAGGUCAUUUUGAAAAACAUCACUGGCUUCAUUUUUUUCGGUCUUGUUGCAGGUUGUAACCUGCAGCUCCUGAUGUUGGAGAUGAUUUUAAGUGUGCGGGCUCAUCCAAAAGCAACACGAGCAGUAUGUGCAUGCAAGUGUUAACAUGCUACCCCACACACAGAGACAGACUUCUUGAGUUAGCAGCAAGCAACAAGUCCGUUUGUGGAAUUUAAAAUCACUGUGUGUGGGGAAUGUUUCUGUGUAGCAUGUAAAGAACAGCAUUCAGAGACCACAAGCUCUUGUUGGUCUUGCGACAGUGCGUACAUGUGAAAGACUUUCCAUCAACAUAAAUGUGAGUAAAUAAUGACUGAAUUUUCAUUUUUGGGUGAACUAUGCCUUUGAAUCAUUUUGUUUAUAGGUUACAAACUUGCACAGAAAUUUCCGACUUGCAGUUAUCCAAGACAGGGUAGCAUUCUCUAUUAGUGCAUGAAAAAUAUUGAUAAAUAUAUUUGGAUUUUUUUUAGAAUGUUUUUUGUGUGAUUUUUUUUUUUUUUUUUGCAUAAUCUUAAAUAUUAAGCCUUUGCUGUGCAUGCCUUUUAAGAUGACACUUCUGUCAUCUGUGGUUACUGUUGAUUUUAGUCUGUGGUAUGUGUCGACUAAAUGUCAGUCACUAAAAAUGUAACCACUCAUCUCACAAUGUCACCUGUGUUUAUAGAGCUUUUAUUUUUUAAUGUGGUUUAUUUGAAUGUUAAAAAACUGAACUGAUUCAAUGCCACUCGAGCACACCUGUGACCUCUUUGUAACAUUUAUAUUAUAUUGUUUCAUCCCCAAAUUAUGCUACUGCCAUUUUGCAUUUGCUAUACUGAAAUUCUGCUGCUUGAGUUACUUGAAAUUUCAGUUCUGUGUUUAUUUAGAGCUCAGUUUCAUCAGUUACUUAACUGACUGGUUUGACAGCCAAAUAUCAGUUCUUUCAUCAGCCUUUUAAAUGUUUGUUGGUGAUACUCCAGGGUGAAGGGGGUAUUUUGAAUAACAAUUGAAAAUGCAAAAUUUUAAUUUGCAAGUGAAAAUCUAAAUGAAUCUACAUCUUCACGCUACAUUUGUGUGCAAAGUGACAGAAUUUGUUACCUUUUUGCGUGUUGAAUUCCAAAAUAACAAAUUUCUUAGCAGCAGAACACAAAUUGUGAUGUUUUUGUGUCACAAUGUUUUGUUACUUGUCUGAUGUGUCAAUACACUCUGGCUUUUGUAAAUGUUUCUAUGUAUUCUGAAGCACACUGUCCUCAUUUCCGUAUUGAUAAAUUUGACAUUUGCUGA